AACCUAAACUUCUAGCAAAACUUUUAGCUAAAAAAUUUACACAAAUCCCAAAAAUUCUUUUGACAAACUUUUAACAAAAUAUAUAUUUCUUGCAACAAAUAGCAAACAACAAACUUUAUUGUUAUUAGCAAGCUAGCUAGGUUUACCAUCUUUUUUGGAUAACUUAUUUAGGGUUUUCAACUUUUCAUCAAUAUUUUUGGCAACACUUUUUCUAACAGAUUACUUUCUUUUUGUUUUGUUUUUGUUAAUAUAGUAUUAUAUAUAGAAUCACAAAGUUUGAGUUUUAGGGUUUCCUUUUAGAAACAAACAAAUAUUAUAUUUAUUAUUUGAGGAAAAAAGAUGGAAGAAGUGAUGAAAGAAGAAACUCAACUACCACCAGGAUUUAGAUUUCAUCCAACAGAUGAAGAGCUUAUAACAUAUUAUUUAGUGAACAAAAUUAAUGAUGCUAAUUUUACUGGAAGAGCUAUUGCUGAUGUUGAUCUAAACAAAUCUGAGCCAUGGGAUCUUCCAGGGAAGGCAAAAAUGGAAGGAAAAGAAUGGUAUUUUUUCAGCCUAAGAGAUAGAAAAUAUCCAACAGGAGUAAGAACAAAUAGAGCAACAAAUACUGGAUAUUGGAAAACUACUGGAAAAGACAAAGAGAUCAUGGAUAGCAAAAAUAAUACUAAUUCAGAAUUGAUUGGUAUGAAAAAGACAUUGGUUUUCUAUAAAGGAAGAGCACCUAGAGGUGAAAAAACAAAUUGGGUGAUGCAUGAAUAUAGAAUUCGUUCUAAAUCGUCUUAUAGAACAAAUAAGCAAGAUGAAUGGGUGGUUUGUAGAAUUUUCCAAAAGAGUGUUGGAUUGAAGAAGUGCCCUAUUAAUAUUAAUCAUUCAAGGGCAACAGUAAGUCCCUACUCUCUCAGCAUGAAUCAAAAUGCACCAAUGUCUUCACAAAUGAUAUUGCAAUUACCUCAUGAUCAUCAAGGGUUCCAAUUUACAAUGGGAAGAAGUAAUAAUAAUUACAUGAAUAACCAUGGUGAUCAAAUUCAAGAUCUCAAUAAUAGGGUUAUUUUUCAAAGUGGUCCAUCAAAUUUUAACAACUUCCCACAACCCCAAAUGAGUACUUACAAUGUUGGAGGUGGUAGUACUAGUGGUGGCGGACGAGGAGAAGGAGAUAAUAAUUACUUCAGUAUUUCACGCUUAAACUUGAAUCUGGGUGGUCGGACCGGCGCCGGCGCCUCGUCGCAACCAAUUUUAAGGCCAAUGCCGCCACCACCACCACCUAUUAUGAGUCAACAAGAACUGGCUUCUUCUAUGAUGACAAAUUGUUAUGGAGGUGAAAUGAGUAAUGCAAAUACUAUGAAUAGUGGUGUCAUGUCCAUGGACCAUUGUGCUGAUUUAGAGAACUAUUGGGCUAAUUAUUGAUAUUAUUAUCAAUGAAAUCUGCAAUUCCAAUAGAAGAUCCAACAAGAGGACUAUAGUGAAGUUGUAAUAUUGUUAUGUUAAUUAGUGUUAGAAACUAAAUUAAGCUAGUAAUUUUGGUUUACGAGUGUUGAUUAAUUAGUACUUUGUGGCAAAGCAUUCUAAAUGAAUGGUUUUGUAGCUUAAUUUAUUGCUAUAAUCUUUCUAAAGGAUAAUGGAAAU